CUUUAUCUGAGGAGAGCUGUCUAUACUUAUCUCCAUCUCUCUCUUCACCUAUAAAGUGUUCUGUUCCCUACAUCAAACCAGUUGGGAGAACAAAGAUUCCACCAGGCUUUUCCAAUUCCAGGGGAUCAGAUCAAAAGUUUGUAAUGAGGAAGCCUGAUCCCCCAGGGAAGAACAACACCAACAACACCACUAACAAGCUCAGGAAGGGCUUGUGGUCACCUGAAGAAGAUGACAAGCUCAUGAAUUAUAUGAUGAGAAAUGGGCAAGGUUGUUGGAGUGAUGUUGCCCGGAAUGCCGGCCUGCAGAGGUGUGGGAAGAGCUGUCGUCUUCGUUGGAUUAACUACUUGAGGCCUGAUCUCAAGCGUGGUGCCUUCACACCCCAAGAAGAAGAACUCAUUAUCCAUUUGCAUUCCAUCCUUGGCAACAGAUGGUCUCAAAUUGCUACACGGCUACCAGGAAGAACAGACAAUGAAAUAAAGAAUUUUUGGAAUUCCACAAUAAAGAGAAGGUUGAAGAACUCAUCUUCUACCCUCUCUCCAAACAACAGUGAUUCAUCAGAGCCUAGAGAUGUCAUGGGGGGUCUCAUGUCCUUGAGUGAACAUGACAUCAUGGCUAUGUGCAUGGACUCAUCUUCUUCUUCAUCAUCCUCAUCCAUGCAAGCUAUGGCAAUGAACAACCAGUUCCAACCAUUGCCUCCAUUAAUGGACAAGUACUGCUAUGGUCUGUCAGGUGCUCCUGGUUACUUCAAUGCUUCUACAAGCUUAUCACAUGUUGGUACAGGAGAUGGGUAUUAUGGAGGUCAUGGGUUCAUAGGAGGUGUUAAUAUUGGGAUAGAAGGGGAAAGGGACUUAUUUUUUCCUCCAUUGGAGAGUAUUAGUAUUGAAGAGAAUAAUACUACAACUGCUGAUGACACCUUUGGUAAGAUCAACAAUAACAUCAGUAAUGUCCACAUCAAUGACAUUAACAAUAUCAUCAAAGGCAGCAACAACAACAACAACAUUAACAAAGUAGAAACUUUGGUUGAGAGUGGGAAUUAUUGGGGAAGAGAAAACUUAAGAAUGGGGGAAUGGAACUUGGAGGAACUGAUGGAAGAUGUCACUUCUUUUCCUUGUCUUGAUUUCCAAGUAGAAUAAUUGGUUACCCUCUUUUGCCUUUCUUUCCAUCUUCUUCCAGCAUUGAAAAGACUUGUUUAGCCCUUUUUUGCUUUCCAUAAAACAUCCCAAUACCCAUGUCACAUAUGUUAAGAGGAAAUAUCUUUUUCAAAAUUAUCAAAACUACCCUUCUGGCCAUGAGACCAGUACUUCAUAAUACUUGGAUGAUGUGGGUAUGGUAUGGAAUAAAUAGUCACUCUUACCAUCUUUUUUGUUGACCUCCCAAAUUCUUGUAAGUACAUGUACCUUGGUUCAUUUUCCUCCUUUUUUUUUUUUUUUUUGAUGUGAGGGCAUUUUGAUCAUUUCUUGAGCAUAAGAGGGUUGGUAUGAUGAUCAUACUUGUGAAGAGAAAUGUGAAUAGUUACUUUCAAUGUAGCAAUGAAGGCCAUUAAGAAUGGUGAACUGUAACUAUUAUGAGAUGUACAAAAGGAACAAUGUGGAGGUGGAAGUUGUUAUUAGUGGAGUGUAAGUAGGAUGUAUCACACGUUAAUGAAGAUAUUGAAACCCUCAUAUUCUCUCUC